AUGGCUACAGCAUUUGACUUGGCUCUGGUUAACACAUACUUUCAAAAGAAAGAUGAACACCUUAUAACUUAUAAAAGUGGUCAACAUGCAACACAGAUAGACUACAUGUUAACCAGAAGAACUGAUAUUAAAAAAGUCAAGGAUUGUAAAGUUAUACCCGGGGAGCCUCUAACUAGUCAACAUAGAUUAUUAGUCGUAGAAUUAGAUAUUGAUCUCAAUAGAAUUAAUUAUAGGCAAAAACAUGUAUCAAAGACCAAAUGGUGGCUACUGCAAAAUGAAAAUUUUGCAGCAGAUUUUAAAGAUAGAAUAGUAAGAAAAAUUAGAGAAGUAGAAUUUAAUGAAAACAUAACUGUGGAUGAUGAUUGGAACGUCAUCGCCAAUACCAUAAGAGAAUCGGCAAAGACUGUACUGGGAGAGACAAAAGGAGUCAAGAAGAUAGAAAAGGAGACAUGGUGGUGGAAUGCAGAAGUACAGAGGGCCUUGAAAGACAAAAAGAAUGCAUUUAAAAAUUGGCAAGAAGAACUAACAGAUGACCAAUUAAGAGCAGAGAAAAGGCAAAUAUAUCAGCUUAUGAAGAAGAAGUCUAAAACAUCUGUGGCGAUUGCAAGGUCCCAAGUACAAGAAGAACUGUAUAAACAACUUGAAAAGCCGGAAGGACAGAAAGCGCUAUUUAGAUUGGCGCGUAAUAGGGAAAGAAAUGCAAAAGAUAUGAUUCAGAUACGAUGUAUGAAAGAUGAGAAUGGAAGAGUAUUAACAAAAGAUGAAGAAAUAAAGGUGAGAUGGAAGAGUUACUUUGAACAAUUGCUGAAUGUAGAGAAUGAUAGAGUUGGUUUACCGGAACCGCAGGGCCUUAAUUUAGGAAUGGUAGAUAAGAUUAAUGAAUGGGAAGUCAAGCUUGCAUUACGAAAAAUGGGUAAUGGGAAGGCUGUUGGCCCAGAUAACAUACCUGUAGAAGUUUGGAAAUUAUUGGGAGAUGAUGGUAUUUAUUGGUUGACCUAUCUUUUCAAUAAAAUCUUCGCAGAGGAGUCAAUACCAACUGAUUGGAGAGGGAGUUAUCUGGUGCCAAUUUAUAAGGAGAAAGGAGAUAUUCAAGAUUGCGGAAACUACAGGGGAAUUAAGUUGAUGGCACACACGAUGAAAUUGUAUGAGAAGGUUAUCGAAAGUAGGAUUAGGAGGGAGUCGACAGUAUCGGCAAACCAGUUUGGCUUCAUGCCUGGAAGGAGUACAACGGACGCCAUAUUCGCAGUGAGACAAUUGAUGGAAAAGUUUCGAGCUGUACAAAGAAACCUCCAUAUGGUGUUCAUUGACCUUGAGAAGGCUUACGAUCGUGUCCCGAGAGACCUGUUGUGGCGGUGCUUGCAGAACAAGGGUGUACCCGUAAAGUACAUAAGUAUUGUUCAGGACAUGUACGCAGGUGCCAACACACAGGUCCGCACCGCAGUCGGGGUCACCGACAGGUUCGAGGUCCGAGUAGGCGUGCACCAGGGUUCAUCCCUGAGUCCAUACCUAUUUUUAUUGGUAAUGGAUGCAUUAACAUCGGCAAUUCAGAAGGAGGCGCCCUGGUGCAUGCUCUUUGCAGACGACAUCGUGCUUGUCGAUGAGAGUGGGGAUGAAUUACAGGUGCAACUGAACCAGUGGCGAGAUACCCUAGAGAGUGUGGGAUUGAGACUGAGUAGGACCAAAACAGAAUAUAUGUUCUGUCAAUUCGGAGGGCCUACUUCAGCUGCGUCGAUAUCUCUGGGUACCUCGCCACUGGCAGUAGGUGAGGAUUUCCGAUACCUCGGCUCCCUUCUACAGAGUGAUGGAAGUAUUGACAGGGAUGUGACGAGACGAAUGAAUGCAGGAUGGAUGAAAUGGAAACAACUCACCGGCACGACGUGUGAUCGCAAGAUGCCAAUUAAGAUCAAAGGCAAAAUAUAUAAAAGCGUCAUAAGGCCGGUGAUGUUGUAUGGGGCUGAGUGCUGGGCAACCAAAGUAUGCGAUGAGAAAAGGAUGCAUGUGACAGAGAUGCGAAUGUUGAGAUGGAUGUGUGGUGUUACAAGAAAAGAUAGAAUACGAAAUGAGUAUAACUAUAAGGGGAACUACAAGCAAAGGAUGGAGGACGGCGGCGAGGCCAUUCCCAUGAUCGAAUGCAACUUGACGUACCCGCACCGGCACUGCUGCAGCGUGCCGUCGUGCCCCCCCUCCCCGCUGCCGCCGCCGCCGCCGCCCUCGCCCACCGAGUCCGAGCUCGGCCACGGCCUCACCGACGACGAGUACAAGAUCUUCGGCGUGACCCCCACCGAGGAGAACCACCGCCUCGUGGCGAUGCUCAUGGCGUCCAGCCGGGAGCUGCGCGCGCGCGACCUGGACCUGCGCAACAUGAGGCGCUACCACCGCGCGCUCAAGCGGAACCUGGCGGCCGUGGAGCGCCGCAUGCAGAUGGAGAUCGAGGACCUGAAGAGGAUGAUCGCGGAGAACGAAGCGCUACUUCUGCUUAAUGACGUGCAGAUCCGCGGGCUGCGGGAGCGGCGCGGGGAGGACCCGGUGGCGCUGGCGGUGCAGGCGGGCGCGGCGCUGGGCGUGCGCGUGCCGCGGUCCGAGGUGGUGUUCGCGGAGCGCGUGGGCAGCCCGCGCUACCUGUUCGAGCGCGCGCGGGCGCUGGCGCGGCUGUUCGACUGGCGCUACGUGUGGACGCGCGGGGGGCGGGUGUUCCUGCGGCGGCGCGCGCUGAGGCCCAAGUACAUGGUGCGCACGGAGCGGGACCUGCAGCUCGUGCUGCACCUCGCGUCGCCCGACGACGGCGACAGCUCCGACUCGGAGCCCGGCGCCGCGGGCCUCCCGUAG